GAACAGUAGAUUCGACAGCAACAUCGACAGCAACCACAGGAACAGUACCAUUACCCGGUCUGGCUGGACCCGACAGUGCCUCAAAUGCCAAUGGCCACACAAUCAAGGAAGAGUCGGAUACAAUUAUGACCGACGCCACAAAUCCAGCGCACGACUCGCCCACCUCAGAAACAAAACCACAUUCUGUUAUCGACCCGAAGGAUGUGGUUGUACUUGAGGGGCACGAAAACGAAGUGUUCUCGUGUUCAUGGAAUCCCGUCGUUCCUAACUUGCUGGCAUCAGGCUCUGGGGACGCAACAGCAAGGCUCUGGCAAGUGCCUGAAGACAAAGGAAAGGUGGCCGAGCCAAUUGUGCUGGACCAUCUUCCAAACCACAACAAUAACAAGGACGUGACAACGUUGGACUGGAAUCCAUCGGGCACAUUCUUGGCUACAGGCUCUUAUGAUGGGCAAGCUCGUAUCUGGACACAGACAGGCCAGCUACGACUUGUAAUGGCUCAGCACCAUGGACCAAUCUUCUCGUUAAAAUGGAAUCGUAAAGGAGACCUUGUAUUGAGUGGAAGUGCAGAUACAACAACAAUUGUAUGGAAUCCAGAAACAGGCGACAUGAAACAGCAGUUUAAUUUACACACCCUAGCUAUCUUGGAUGUGGACUGGAUGGACAAUACGACAUUUGCAUCCUGUUCUUCCGACAAGACUAUUUAUGUGUGUCGAGUUGGCUCAACGACCGCACUUAGAAAGUGGGUGGGGCAUGAGGAUGAGGUGAAUGCAGUGCGCUGGGACCCAACUGGCCAAUACCUUGCUUCUUGCUCUGAUGACAUGACAACAAAGAUAUGGUCUCUCUCAUCAGAACAUCCAAUUCAGGUCAUCAAAGGACAUCGAUUGCAGAUUUAUACCUUGCAGUGGGCACCAUAUCUUCCUUCAAAGGAUGAAAGUGCGCCACGGAUACUAGCCACAGCUAGCUUUGAUGCCACUGUUCGUCUGUGGGAUGCUCUUAGUGGGACUUGUCUCCACGUCCUCGAAAAUCACACAGAGGCUGUUUACUCUAUUUCCUUUAGUCCAGAUGCACGUUUGUUGGCUACUGGUAGCUUUGACGAGGUCCUGAAUGUCUGGUAUGCAAAGGACGGUACAUUGCAAAAGACAUUCAAGGCCAAUGGAGGUAUAUUCGAGGUCCAUUUCAAUAAGAAUGGUGAUAAAUUGGCAGCAUGUACAUCUAACAAACAGGUCGUUAUAUUGGACAUGAAACCAUAAUUUGACAAUCUCCCUAAAAAAAUCCUCGUCUCUCUUCACUCUUCUCUUCUACCACUUCCCCCUUUGUGAUCCUUCUAACAAUGACAUAUAUUGCACAC